AUGAUGUGGUGGGCAACUAGUGGAUACGAGCCGCUGCCAAUGGCUACGCCGAACAUUCACCCCGGUUUGCGCACCUAUCGACGCCAUGUGUACAUCGCCGGCGGGCUGCUGCUGAUCUUCGUCGGCCUGUUGAUCAUCUACUACCAUAUGGGGACGGCGGACACGGAUGUGGUUCAACUUCCCGGAUAUCAUUCGGUGCCGGAAAACGACAAGUUGAGAUGGAACUACUACCGUCCAAAUAUUGCUUAUCGCGACCUGGUCCCGGAUCGGAGACCGGAAGCCGGAAAGACAAAAGAAGAAGCUUCUUCUGCGAAGAUGAUCAUCCUAG